AUGAUUACUGUCAAAAUUUUACAGGGGGCUGAGUGUGCUUUAGAGAUCACAGAAGAUAAUACUACUGAAGAUUUAAAGGCCGGUGUUGAAAGAGAACUGAAAAUUCCCACCGAAAAUCAGAAACUUGUUCUCAAGGGGAAAACUUUGCAGGACUUCACAACCCUCAAAGAAUACAAAAUAAAAGACGGUGAUAAGAUAUUUCUUGUUGUUAAACCUGGUUCUGUCCCUGCAGUGCCUCCUACCACUGUCCUCGACACACCGAGGUCAAAACUUGAGGCCGAGCUCCACAAGAUCCUUAAGGAUAGCUUCAGGAGUGCAGAGGAUUGUGACAAGGUUGUGGCAUCGUUUUUGCGGAUUUUAGAGCGUCGCAUCUCCAGCCUGAGCCUAGACGAUAUAGAACGGUUUUGUGAACACUGGAAGAAGGAGAAGAGUCUUCAAUUCUGAUUACUCCUCAUCUA